AUGGACGCACCCAUCGAAAAGAAAGACGAGACACAGAGACCCGACGUUGAUAAUGGGUUAAAAGCUCAAGAUCGCAUGGCUCGCUUCAAGGCACUCCAGGCGCGAGCAAAGACUUCGUCGGAGAAGAACCUGAAAGAGGCGACUCUCGAAUCACAAAGACUAGCCACAGACCCUAGUCAACUCACCGCCCUACAUCGCAAACACGCCAUCGCAUCACACAAACUACUCAAAGCAGAUGUAGAGGAGUCUGGAGGGGAUUUCGAGCGAAAGCGCGCGUGGGACUGGACUGUUGACGAGAGCGAGAAGUGGGAUAAACGAGUCAAGAAGAAGUCGACACGUCGCGACAACAACGCCUUCGCCGAUCACACACAAGAAGCGAACAAGAUAUACAAACGACAACUCAAAAACAUCGAUAUGAACCUGGAUCAAUACGAGAAAGACAAGAAGGCUCUUAUUGAGAAGGCAGCGGCAUCGGGCGGGCUGGACAUUGUCGAGACCGAAGACGGCGAGCUUAUCGCGGUUGACAAGGAUGGCUCAUUCUACUCGACUGCUGAUUCCACCACAUUUGCACAAAAUAAACCAGACAAGGCAUCCGUCGACCGUCUGGUGGCAGACCUACAGAGAGCAGAGGAACAGAGACUGAAGAAGAGAAAGGAGAGAAUGGCACAGAACGGAGACGACGGAGACGUGACAUACAUCAACGAGAAGAACAAACAGUUCAACCAAAAGCUGUCCAGAUUCUACAACAAAUACACUGCGGAGAUAAGGGACAGCUUCGAACGAGGAACCAUGAUUUGA